AUGUCGGCUACCAUCACCGAAACCGUGACCAGUACAAGUGUCGACGACGACCGUCUUCGACCUCUCCCCGAAGUCCCGGUGUUCGAAUUCGGCAAAGUCACUCCAGAACAAGUCGUAGCCGGCCUCAUUCAAGCAGGCGGUGCUGUGAUUCGCAACGCCGUGGACACCGAAUCCCUCGCCGCCAUAGAUGUCGAAACCCGCCCAUAUAUCGAAAAGGACAGAGUAUGGAAUGGCGAAUUCUUCCCCCGCCAGACCCGUCGCGUCAAUUCUCUUGCCUCUAAAUCAAAAGCUUUUAUGGAGAAGGUAACUGGCCACAAACUGUACCAGGAUGUCAGCGAUAUCAUGCUCUCGACCACGUCGAAGAAUUGGCUUGGUGAGAAACAGCUUACUUGUACCUCGAAGCCUCAGGUGAACGCUACAGUCAUCUUUUCUAUUGGACCUGGGGCUACAGAUCAGCCACUGCACAGAGACGAUAUGGGUCAUCACAAUAUCACCAGGAGGAUGGAGGCUAAAGACUACAAGAUAGGGCAGGAUCUAGGUAUUGGCUGGUUUGUUGGUGCAAGGAAGACCACGAAGGCGAACGGUGCUACCCGAUUUAUACCGGGUUCACACCUGUGGGAUGCCGACACCCCUCCGAGCGAGGACUUGACUUACUACGCCGAGUUGAACCCUGGGGAUGCAUUCAUUAUGUUAUCGUCUUGUUUCCAUGGUGGAUCUGCGAACACAACGGACAAUGACGAGAGGUUGGUAUAUACAACCUUCAUGACCAAAGGAUUCUUGAGACAGGAGGAGAACCAGUAUCUCAACAAUGACCCGGAGAAGCUGAAGGUCAUGUACGAUGAUGAUACUAUUCUCAAGCUUAUUGGCUAUGAUAUAAGCGCUCCUUUCCUUGGAUGGAUCAACACAGGAAACCCGCUGACGUUCUUACGCCCAGAGCUUGCGGCCAAAGGAAAAGGAGACCUGUACUAG